AACAAUGAGUGGAUGCAAAUGGUUUCCUUAUCCAUACAACAAAGCAGCAAAACUACCGGUAAAAGUGUUUAAUCCCUAUUAUUCUUCACCUGAUUCAGAGCAAAAAUGGCUGAAGCUGUCAGGAGCUUCUCUAUGACUAAGCUCCAUCCACAAUGCUCUCUCCAUUCCACCCAAUCCCACGUCCCCUCAUCUCCCAAAUUGUUGCAGCUCAGGCAAUAUUCAAGCACCAGACUUUUCAGUGGCUGGAACCAGAAUGAUGGUAGCAGUGGGAGCAAAAGGGUCUCUUUGAUUAGAGUGAAUGCUCUUCCUGAUUGGCCUCUGAUGGCCGUUUUUGUUCAUCAAGUUCAACAACUGGAUGCACAGAGAGAAAUUAUAACCAACAAAUCUAUCUGGCAUCUCAGUGAUACAGCCAUAAAGAAUGUUUACACUUUCUACAUCAUGUUCACCUGUUGGGGAUGUUUGUUCUUUGGUUCCACCAAAGAUCCAUACUAUGAUUCUGAAGCAUACAGGAAAGAUGGAGGAGAUGGCACUGGGCAUUGGGUUUAUGAGAAG